AGAUUUCAGAAGCACUAUUCAGGAUUGACUGUCCCUCCCACUGCAGGAGCAAGGGUAUCUUGUGAUUCCCAAACACCAUCCAUGGAGAACAACACAGAAGUGGCUGAGUUCAUCCUGCUAGGACUAAACAAUGCUCCAGAGCUGCAGGUCCCCCUCUUUAUAAUGUUUACUCUCAUCUACCUCAUUAGUGUUGUUGGGAAUCUGGGGAUAGUCAUCUUGAUUCUCAUGGACUCUUGUCUCCACACUCCCAUGUACUUUUUCCUCAGUAACCUGUCUCUGGUGGAUUUGUGUUACUCUUCAACUGUCACCCCUACAGUCAUGACUGGAUUUCUUCUAGGACACAAGGUCAUCUCGUACAAUGCAUGUGCUGCUCAGAUGUUCUUUUUUGGAGCCUUUGCCACUACAGAAAAUUACCUCUUGGCUUCAAUGGCCUAUGACCGCUAUGUAGCAGUGUGCAAACCCCUGCAUUACACCACUACCAUGACGACAGGUGUGUGUGCAAGUCUGGCCAUAGGAUCCUACAUCUAUGGCUUUCUGAAUGCCUCUGUCCAAAUUAGGGACACCUUCAGCCUCUCUUUCUGUGAGUCCAAUGUGGUCCAUCAUUUUUUCUGUGAUGUUCCAGCAGUCAUGGCUCUCUCUUGCUCAGACAGACAUAUUAGUGAGCUGAUUCUUAUUGUUCUGGCAAGCUUCAACAUUGUUUUUGCUCUCCUGGUUAUCUUGAUUUCCUACCUGUUCAUAUUUGUCACCAUCCUGAAGAUGCACUCUGCUGAGGGAUAUCAGAAGGCUCUGUCCACCUGUGCUUCUCAUCUCACUACAGUUUCCAUCUUCUAUGGAACUAUUAUCUUCAUGUACUUACAGCCCAGCUCUAGCCAUUCCAUGGACACAGACAAAAUUGCAUCUGUGUUCUAUACGAUGGUCAUUCCUAUGGUGAACCCCCUGGUGUACAGCUUGAGAAACAAGGAAGUCAAAAAUGCAUUUAAGAAGGUUGUUGAGAAGGCAAAAAUUGUCUCUAGGCUUCACCUUGUAAAACUGUAGGAUACAGAGUAACACAGUUUCGUUUCUGUCAGAUGUUCAACAUCCAGUGAUUCUCAUUUUGAGGCCCAUACUGCCCCUAAAUUAUUGAGAUAAUACCAUUUUUUCUUCAAAAGCUUAUCAUCCAGAAAAAUAUAUAUCAUGUCCAAAUAUGUAAUAUCUUAAUUAGGGUAACCAAAGGGGACCUUAGGAAUUUUGGGGGUCUCACUUGCAAUAAACCUUAUUACUCAUAUUUGAUUUAUUCACAUGUUCAUAUUUUCUGUACCAUGUGACAAUGCAAGUAUAUGUGGAAAACAUGGUGCAGACAAACCCAUGAAGAGAAGCACAUGCCAGAAUCCCACAUGUGCACAAACAUGCAAAAGUAGGAAAUGUGUUGCAGCAGUGGGGUGGAACACAGCUAGUUUUUAAUUUGAAAGUUAAAAUAAUUUAUGUAUCAGAAUAUAUAUUUAUGUCCAACAUUAUUUACUUCUGUGGUUCAAAACUAUUUCAGGGAUUUAAAUUGAAGAAAAAUGUGAUAUGGAUAUUUAAAUGAAGAUGAAUGCUUUUUGUUGGCACAUUUUAUUUAAAACUAUAUAUGUAUAAUAUUAGAAAAAAUUAAUAUUUCUGUCUUCAGUAAAUCUACUGGUAGAAACAGUUUGCUCACAGAAUUAUUUUCAAAAGCAGAAAGGACAGAGUACAAGAAAACAUGACUGAACAAUAAUAAGGAAAUUUUUCAAUUUCUCUGCAUAUGACUACUUUAUCUUAUGUUUGGUAAACAUGUAAUAAUAAUUAUGGAUAUGUCAUCUUGCUCAAGACAUUACUUUUUUACACAAAUCAAUUUACAAGUUUACAAAGUUUAGAAUUCUAUCCUGGAUAAUGAACUACUAUACAAAAUGCUUUUGAACUACUAUUGAAAUACUUUAUGAAAGCAUUUAAUAAUAAUGAAACACUGAUUAAUAAUAAUGUUAUCCAUUUUUCUCAUGGCAAAUAUUAUGAAAAGGCUAAUGCCACUCAUUCAUGAAUGCUUCAGUACCAGAUGAGCUCCAGCAUGUCUAACCCCUCUUCUACUCAGUCACUCCACUUCAUCCACACUGAGUUCUUUGCUUUUCCUGGGUAAAUGUAAGCAGGCUCCUGCCCCAGGUUCUCUGUACUUGCUGCUACCCAUGCUCAGAAAUCUCCCUCACUUCCUGAAAAUGUUUGCUUAAAUGCUACCACAUUGUACUGAACCCAACCCACAAUGGAUACUGUUCCUUCCUUGCACUCCUUGCUUUAGUUUGCAUAAUUCUGAUCAGUACUCUACUAUUAAAUUAUUAUCAUUAUUUAUUUCUUUCCCUACUGGUAGCAUGCAUUACACAAGAGAAGUCACUUUGUCCUAUUAACUAACAAUUUCAUUUCCAAUACAUAAAUUACGACCUAGUUUAUGCUAAUUUCUGAAUAAAUAUUUGUUAAAUUAAUAAAUGAGUUAAUUAAAAUUUGAGUCAGCAGUUAACAUAUUUUAACCACUUAUAGUAGUUCAUUAUCC